AUGGCUCCCUUCCCUGAGCAGGUGGAUGUUUCCACGGCCCCGCACUGGCGGAUGAAGCAACUCGUCGGGCUUUAUUGUGACAAAGUAUGAGGGGAGGAGGAGGAGGUGGUUUCUGAGGCGCGGGCGGCGCGCCGGCCAUAGCCGUGGCGGGGGCGCGAGGUGGUCGCGCGCCCCUCGGUACGUGAGGCGCCGAUACACGCCCCUCGGCCCCCUCGGGCCUCGCUCGGCCGGCGGUCGUUUGCGGCGUGAGAGGGGAUGCGCGCGCACCCGCUGAGGAGAGAGGUGCGCCUGCGCAGCUGCCACCGCUUGGCGCGCGCCGUGACUCCUCUCGGCCACCGUCGUCCGCGCACGUGUUUCUCUCUCCCCCCCCCCCUUCCACUGCCACCUACCUCCGCUUGCAGAUUUCCCCUCUUUCUUCCCCGGUUUUUAUGCGCUUAGUUGCGAACCUCUUUCCCUCGCUGCGCUUCCUUAGCCGGAGACGUGACGCAGCUUCUCCACGUGUUGUUGUUUUUCUCUCUGACGCGGCUUUCUCGCCACACGUGUGCACGCACGCACGCGUGUCCCUGGCUUAAGAACCUUUUCAAAAGGCGGCACCCCCGAACGAAGCGCGGGCCUAAGUGCAUUAGCCCUCGACUUUCCCUCCGACACCCCUCUCCACUGUAUACACCCCUCCUCCACUGCGAUUCCCAGCUAUUGCAGAAGGCAGAAACUCUGUAGAAGACAUGAUUGGACUUUUGAUGACACGAACCAUGCGUGUCGCAUAUGGACAAAGAAGAGCUCGUUCAAAAAUCCAAAUGUCAAAAAACAUAGGUGGUUGGCACCCCUCUGUGCGCCUCCGGGGUUGAAGUGAAACUCUAGGAGAGCUACAGUGCCUGCUGUGACUGUAGAGACAUUGGCAUUUCUUUUCUCUGCGCUUCUCCCAGCAGUCCUUCCUCCUCCGGUCGCUGCUGUGGAUGAACAAGGAUUCCCACAUGAUGAGGUUAAUGUUGCCAGCCUUCAUGUCACAUUUGCAAUGCAGAGUUGGUGUGUCAGCAGGCACAACGUAAAGGCAGAUUUUCUCUCCCUGUAUCAUUUUAGAGUGCAUGUUCCUUGAAGCAGAUGUCUUUGCUUUUUAAUUUGGCAGCUUAACAAGUAAGUGAGAGCAAGGAAAUGCUGGCAACAUUAACCUCAUCAUUUGGGAAUCCUUGUUCAUCCACAGCAGUGACCGGAGGAGAAAUGCCAAUGUCUCUACGGUCACAGCAGGCACUGUAACUCUCCUAGAGUUUGACUUCAACCCCGGAGGUGCACCACCUAUGUUUUUUGACAUUUGGAUUUUGGAACGAGCUUUUCUUUGUUCAUAUUCGACAUGCUUGGUUCACUUUUGCACAUUUAGUAGAACUACCAAGGUGGGAGAGAACCCCCCCCCCCCGGACAGUGGGACACACCCAUGGAGUGAGAAAGCACAAACUGUUCAAGAUAGGAUGUGGCAGCUUGCAAGCAGCAGCCGUCUAGGAAAGGGCAGUUGUGGCUGCCAGUUGAGAAACAAGAGUGCUGGAUACUAGUGGCAGAGUUGGCAUUGAUCCCUGCUUUGGGGGUCCCAAGUAGGGAAGAAGUCUUUGUUGUCUGGCCAGAUGUUCCUGGUCUGGGUGAUGAGGUUUGCCUGGAUGUUGCCUCUGUGGUUGUGCUGGGGCUAGUCCUUUGACUCUGGUUGGGAACACUGAUACCUCAGAAUAGUCCAUAGUCACAUAUUUCUAGUGUAGAAGGAUGGUUGCCAACUUAUGGUAACCUGGGCUUUACUGCUGAAUGUAGGAACUGAUUUCCUUGAACUUCUUUUUCAAGACAUUUCAUUUUCUGCCUGCACUGGUGCUAGCAUUAUAGCCUCACUGGCACAUCUUAGUGUAGUAUCUUUUCUAAACUAAUGAAUGAGUAUGUCCUGGAAGUCUCUGAACCUCAGCACUGAACGACAGCACAACCCUAAAAGCACUUUAAAAGCUUGUACUCUUACCAGAUUUAUAAUCAAAACCUUUUUUCCAUAAUUACAACAAAAAUAAUGUAAAUAGAAUACAUUUACUACUGAAGUUAAAACUGAGGUUUUGAUAUAUUUGCCAUAUGUUAAAAUAACUUUAAAGGACUUUUUACCUGUAAUAAUAAUGUGUUGUCAGGUAGGUUUUGUUUUGUUCUUAAUCAGAGUUAGAAACACCUGUGGUGGGGAGGGGAAACACAUUUGACCAGGGAAGUGGGAUGGUGUCAAAUACCUUUUUAGAGGAUAACAUGAUUUAUUGAGUAUUAGCCCAGAAAGAAAUUGAUCAUUUUUUGUUUCUUCCCAUCACCUUUCUAAGACCAACUUCACCAACAACAAUGACUUCGGGGCUCUCCUCCAAUACCUAUAUGCUACUUUAAGGAAUUCAAAAUGCAUGAACAAAUUGAAGAUGACUACAUAAUUGGAUUACUUCAGCAACGCGGCUGGACUGUGUGUAGUGUACACUCAGACAAUAAAUUCUCAGAAAUGCUUGGCCUCUGAGAAAGGGUUGAAGAAUGUGAAGGUGAGCUUUCAGAAAGAAGAGUGUCUGGUUUCCGGGUGGUACAAUGCAAAAUCCCAUUUCUGAGAUCAUGUGUGAAUUUGUGCAAUCUCAGUGUAGUUCUGGUACCACAAGGCUGGUUGUAUAUAUGCUUGCUUAGAAAGAAGCCAUGCUACACUUAGUGAGGCUUAUUUCCCUUUCUUUCCCAGCUGUGCUCCUAACUAUUUCUGGUGCUCAGAGAAGUAGUCUUACUUUCUUUUCUUCCCUAAGAUUUGUACAAACCCCCCAAAGUUUCCCAACCAAACAGUAUUAAAACUGCGUGGAAAAUUGACAUUUGUCAGUGUGCUUUAGCGCACUUCCUGGGUGAGGAAAAUAAAUGAAAUAAAUUGGAAAACUGCUGACUCUGACCUCCUCUUGGGCUGCCCAUUCCUCCUUGGCCACUGUGGUGCCUCCAGGCUACCAGCUCUGACAGAGUUUAUUUUGGCCAACCGACCUCUCUUCUUUUGCCUUCUUCCAGUUUGAGACCAUCCAGGGGGCAGAGCCCCCAAGAAGAGGCAUCGCCUUGUGGGGAGGCCUUGCAAGUGAGUUUAUCCUGAGUGGUGCAGGGAGGGGAGAGAGGUUACUGGUUUCCAUAGAAACACAUCACCUGUAGCUUCCCUAGAAAAAAGAUGUUCCUAAGAGAUUUGCCCUGUACAACAAACCAGGUGCUUGGGUUUUAUUGACACCCAAGGCUCUCACUGGCCCCUUUUAAGAUAUGUAGGCACCCGGCUGUCUCGGGAGACAAAAGAGGAGUGAGGUGUGGGAAUGUUCAGGGGUGCAGGAGAGGAUAUAUUGUGAGAUUAUAUCCUAAUCCAACUUGUGCUAACAAGUUCCCAAAAUAUCAGCAGAGUUUAUAGACGUUCCCCUUUAAGUUCGCAGCGGUAACGUGUGCACAGGUUCGCUAGAACCUCUAUAAUAAUUACUCUGGUAAUUUCCCCUUUGCUCCCUCUUAAAAUACAAGACAUGACACAGUCUUUAUAAAGGUAUAAAAGAGUUUACUCACGUUCUGUUCACAAUAUGAUCCCAGAAGGCAGACAGCUUAAAAAGGUUACAUACAUUCAGAAUCUAUCUUGUAGCAAGAUAGUCCUUAUCUCCUCUCUUGGCUGAGAGCCAAGAGGGCAACCUUAGAUGUUUCCUCAUUGAAGGAAAAUGGCAGAGAGAGAGAGAGAGAGAGAGAUGGCUGCCUGCCCUGUGCUUUUGUCAUUACCUGCACAGGUGAGGCCACACCCACCUCUGGUCACAUGCGGAGGAAGUCCGUCCCCAGGAAGUUUACCUGCUUGCUGGACAGACAUCCCUUCCCAUGUUCUAACAUGUACACUCUAGGAAUGUUGUCAUUGACUGCUCCUGUGUUUACAUCCCACAUGAGGUCCUUUUGGGGGGAAGACAAACUGCUGGAAGGUGGCCUGCUGUGGCCAUAGAGGCUGAUAGGGGAGAGACAUGUUCUGUUGCAUCUGGGGCAGAGGUAGGCAUCCGGUUGUGCUGCUGCAUUGGCACCAGGGCAUUUCAUCUCUCUGCACUCCUAGCAGUCAUUCCUCCUCCGAUCCUUUCUGUGGAUACACGACUAUUAGGCAUUCAUGCACUGCAACCCAGUUCAUCUCAGGGCUAUCCAUAGCCAACUGGUGAGUGACACAGAGUCACAAAGCCUUAAUCAGAUGAGGAACAACCCCUGUCCCUUGUAAGAGAGGACAUCAGUGGGAGCUGCAAAAGCAUUUCCUCCUCCUCCUUGCAUUCGAGAUGUUGACUUCGGUGUUUCCAUGCCACAUUUGCAUCCGAGCGAGGAACAGGUAGCACACCAGUUCAGCUCAGGUUUUGAGACGAUAACAAUUAUGGGGGUUAAGGUAGCCAUUAUUUCUCCUUUGGUCCAUUGACCGAUAGGUAGAUGCAACUGCAGGCCACAGAGAGGGAUGUCUGAAGAAGUGGGGAUCCUCUCUUGAGAGGCAGCAGGAGGUUCUGCUGCUCUUGCCGCCCCACCAGCAGCCAAGGCAGAAAGGAGGCUGGGGAAACCCAGCCAGAUGGGCAGGGUAUAGAUAAUAACAAUAAAAUGCCAGGAGAUUGUCAGGGGUGGAUUUGGGAAGCAGGAAGCAGACAUAGGCAAAGUGAGGAUCCAGGCAUGCUUCUAGCUCCAGAGAUUUUAACCACAGAAAUACUGAAAAGGUGUGUUUUUUUUUCUUUAUUCCUUCUGCUAUACACAGGAAAUUGCACCAAGGAGCGAAGUGCAUUGCCGGGACUUGUCACACCCUCUUUCUCCAAGCUCCACUUAUACCUACACCCAAAAGAAAAAACAUUCCUCCAUCCCCCCUCAAUAACACCUGCCCGUCCACCUCUCAGGUUUCUGCCUCCCACAUCCCAAAAACAUUCCUUCCCACCCCGCAAAAACCCAUCAUUCAUACCCCACAAGUCUCCAUCUCUCCGCACCUCUCAAGAACCCCCAGGGGUUUUUUAGUUUCAAGGGAGAAGGGGGCAUAUUCUGGGACAGUUUCAGGGUUUAAGGGGGCAUAUUCUGGCCAAGUUCCAGGGGCCAUGGGGGCAUAUUUGGGGAGGGUUUCCGGGGGAAGGGGGCAUAUUUGGGGAGGGUUUCAGGGGGGCAUAUUCCAAGAUGGGCUGAAGGGAGAGGGAGCAGAGGAGUGGAACAAUUUCUGAGGGGGACUCAGGGCGGAGGGGGAUAUCUUCGGGGAGGAUUUCCGGGGGGAAGGGGGCAUAUUCCAGGGUGGGCUGAAGGGAAAGAGCGCAAAGGAGUGGAACAAUUUCUGAGGGGGACUCAGGGCAGAGGGGGAUAUCUUUGGGGAGGAUUUCCUGGGGGAAGGGGGCAUAUUUGGGGAGGGUUUCAGGGGGCAUAUUCCAGGGUGAGCUGAAGGGAGACGGAGCAGAGGAGUGGAACAAUUUCUGAGGGGGACUCAGGGCGGAGGGGGAUAUCUUCGGGGAGGAUUUCCGGGGGGGAAGGGUUAAGGGGGGUAGGGGCGUAUAGGAGGGAGUGGGCAAGGGCGGAGCUGGGAUGGGGGUAAAAACUUGGCUAGAAUAUGCCCUGUGAAACUUGGCUAAAAUGUGCCCCAUGGAACCUGGCCAGAAUAUGCCCCCUGUUCCCGGAACAGACAAAAUAUUCAGGAUAAAAUCAAUCUAAAAAUAAAAAAGGGCUGGGUGAUUGCCUGGUGUUUUUGAGCUUAUAAUUACUUAGAGACAAUAUAAUACAGAAAAGCAGAAAUCAAAGACUUGAUGACAAAAACAUUGAAAUUAUGAAAGAAAUCCCAACUCGCUUACUUAAAAAAAGAAAAUUACAAAACUAUCGGCACAGCACUUUGGAAAAACAGAAUUCCGUACAGAUGGAAUUCCCCAAGGGAAUCACCUUCACGUAUAAAGAAAGGAGGAAGACCUUCAGAACUGUAGACAAAGCAGGAAUCUUCUGGAGAAAAUACAGGAAGGACCUGGGAGGAGAAAGAGUUCAGGAAUUGGAGGAAGAAGGACUGGAGUAA